AUGGCAUUGAAACCGAAAGCCCAUCUGGGUCUGAUCCCAAUCCUCAUCUUCUUCAUCUCCAUCAACCCCAGACCUUCUCUUUCUCUCUCUGAGAGCCCUGCAACAGUGUUCGAGAUUUUACCCAAAUAUGGGCUCCCAAGUGGGCUGCUACCCGCGUCGGUUUCGAACUACACGUUGUCCGACGAUGGCCGAUUCGUCGUCGUUUUGGGGAAGCCGUGCUACGUGCAGUUCGAGUACUUGGUCUACUACGAGAAGACCAUAACUGGCAAGCUCACCUAUGGCGCGAUCACAGAGUUGAAAGGCAUUCAGGUCCAAAGGUUCUUGUUUUGGUUCGAUGUGGACGAAAUCAGAGUCGAUUUGCCGCCUUCUGAUAGCAUUUACUUCACUGUGGGCAUUAUUAACAAGAAACUCGAUGUGGAUCAGUUCCAAAAUGUCCAUUCAUGCCGCAACGGGUUAUCGGGUUCUUGUCUCGGGUCGUUGAAACGGGGUAUUCAGCUUCCAUCUCCAGUGGAAGAUAUUGAGAUGCUAAUUACUGAGUAG